AUGCUGGGCGCCUGCACCGCCUUCGCGCCGGCCCGCGGCAUGCACUACGGUGACGAGCCUGAGCAUGAUAGCGCCGCGCCGGUCGCUCUCGCUGCGCCCGUGGAGCGGCGCUUCAGUCCCUACGUGAACAACGGCGGCACGGUCGUGUGCGUCGCCGGCGAGGACUUCGCCGUCGCUGUGGGCGACACCCGUCUCUCCACUGGCUUUUCCAUUUACUCGCGCUUCCAGUCAAAGAUCACCAAGCUGACUGACAAAGUCGUUCUCGCUACCUCGGGCAUGCAAGCAGACAAAGCCACGCUGCACAACCUCCUCUUGAUUCGCAUCGAGCAGUACACACACCAGCACCGCCGCCCACCGUCUCUGAACGCCAUCGCGCAGCUCCUCUCCACGAUGCUCUACUCGCGCCGCUUCUUCCCCUUCUACACGUUCAACGUGCUCUGCGGAAUUGAUGAAGACGGCAAAGGCAAGGUGUACGGCUACGAUGCGAUCGGUUCCUUCGAGGCCGCCAAGUACAACUGUGCAGGCACGGGCGCGCAUCUCAUUAUGCCGGUCUUAGACAACCAGAUUUCCCGCAACAACCAGCAGGGCGAGAAGCCUCCUCUGACUAAGGAGCAGAUCAUCGACAUCGUCAAGAGCGCAGUGGCGUCAGCAGGCGAGCGCGAUAUCUUCACAGGCGACCAGGCCGAAGUGGUGAUUAUCAGCCCCAGCGGCAUCGAGACGACUCUCAUGGAGCUCCGUGCAGACUAA